AUGUUUGGUAUUCUAUCUUUGUGUGAAUAUUUACUUUCACAUGGAGCAAAUAUCAAUGCAAAAGAUAGUACUGGACAAACCGCACUUCAUAAAGCAGCAAAAAAUAAUAAUAAAGAAGUAGCCGAACUUCUCCUUUCACAUGGCAUAAAUAUCAAUGAGAAAGAUAAUUAUGGAGAAGCUGCUCUUCAUAAAGCAACAUGGAAUAAUAAUAAAGAUGUAGUCGAACUUCUUCUUUCACACGGUUCAAAUAUCAAUGAGAAAGAUAGCUAUGGAAAAACAACUCUUCAUUUAGCAGCAGAACAUAAUUAUAAAGAUGUAGUCGAACUUCUCCUUUCACACGGUGCAAAUGUCAAUGAGAAAGAUGACUAUGGAAGAACAGCCCUUCGUAUUGCAACAUAUAUGAAUUUUAAAGAAAUAGCCGAGAUCCUCAUCUCACAUGAUGCAAAUAUUAAUGAGAAAUAA